AUGGAAAAUCAUCAGGAGGACCUGUUGGGCUUGGUGAUGCUUGAGCUGGCGAGGAGAGUGGACUGCACGCCUGUCUUGACCACGUCAGAGGACAGUGCCUUGCUCGCACACUCACACGUCACAGCGGGCCCGCCUCUGCUGCACGACCUCCCGCUCGACCUGCAGGCCAAGAUCCUGUCUCUGACGGAGCCUCCGGCCUUUGCUGCGCUCCGCCGCUGCGACUGCCGGCACCGCGAGGCGGCCGACGCCGCGGUCGCACACAUGCUGGCGCAGCUUCGAGCGGCGGUGGCGGCGUACGCGAGUGCCGACCACUGCCGCGUGCUGCGGCACUGUCGACUGACAAGCUGGCCGAUCACGUCUUGCGCCAUCGCGGUUGUGCUGCCGGCCACGGAGUGGGCCGAGCUCCUCUCGCCGGCGGUGCACCUCCUCGAGCACUGGCUUCGAGCUGAGCUGUGCGACUGCCUCCAGCGCCUCAAGCGGAUCGCGGCCCUCCAUGCCGGCAAGGGCUCCACCCUGGCCGCGCUGCGCCACCUGCACGCCCGCUCGGUGCUCCGCUUUGAGACCUGGCAGCAGUCGGUCGUCCCGCUCGGGCUGGAGUGCGAGUGUUCCAUCGGCGCGCUCGGCGGGAGCCAGCACCUCGACUCCGUCUGCGCCGGCGAGCCGUCCCCGCUCGGGCCGGCGGCGCAGCGGCUCCUCGCGGACGCCCUCUUCACGUCAGCGUUUGGGAUGCACCACCGCGCCUCGAGCGACGCAGACGCCGAGCGCGCCGUCGCCAGCUACCGGCAGUGCAGCUACCUGCUGCAGCACGCGCUCGCCAUCCAGGAGGAGCAGCUGGCGGCGGGCAGCAUCCAGGAGCUGACGGUGCUCUGCACGCGGCUGGCGCUCGCACAGGCCGCCGCCGGGCGGGGCGAUCUGCGAGCCGCGCGGGAGGCGCUCGAGGCGCUGCUGCCAGCCAUGCGCUCCACGCUCGGCGCGGCCCUCGCCCUCGUGCGGCGCGCGUUUGACGAGCGGUGGCGCGCGCUCGGCCCUCUGCACGAGGACACUUGCCGCACCGCGCAGUGGCUGCACGGCGUCCUCAUCGACCUCGAGCCGCCCGCGCGCGCCGCGUCGCUCGCCCCCUUCCUCCGCUGCCUCCGCUCGCUGCUCGCUGACGGCCGCGAGGCGGCACGGCUGGCGGUGGCGCUGACGCCGCACUUCCAGCGCUCGCACUUUAGCUUCGAGGUGCCGGUGGAGAUGGUGCACUGGCUGUCCGACGGCGACCCGCGCAGGCGCCGCUCCGACUGCGGCGACCUGCCCCGCUCCACCUUCUACGGCCAGUGCCGCUGGGACGAGGCGCCGCUGCCGCUCGACGGGCUGCUGGGCCGCAGGGACCCCGAGAGCGCGCGGAUGCGGCGGAACCUCGGUUGCCCCGACCUCGUCGCGCUGGUGGAGGACGCGGCGGAGGAGGAGCCGUCGGCAGAGGUGUGGUGA